AUGCAAACCUCAAAUCAGGGUCGGCCCUACCGUUCGCAUCUUAGACCUGCGUGCGAUGCUUGUAGACGCCGCAAAUCUCGCUGUACGACAACGGAAGGGUCUGAUCAGUGUUUGUUGUGUCAAAUCCAUGGCUCGCGAUGUGUCUUCGUCCAUAGCGAACAGUCGCGUCGUCGGAAAGUGCCCGCAUCGCAAGGCCGUACCUCAAGCUAUGCAGAUAGCUUUGAGAGCAACAUCGACCCUGACAACAGCUCCAUGUCCAUGACAUGCAAUGAGGAGACCCAAAUCGCGGAUACUGUUCUAUCCGAUGGUCAGACCUACCGCAGCGAUUCAGCACCUGUGGUAAACUCGGCUCGUCCACACGCUCCGGCAAUCGAGGAAGCCAGCAUGAGCGCAAUGCUCGCUGAAUCCGGAGACUCUAGUACACACAUCAUCAGUCCUGCGAUAGUCGACGAUAACGAAGAGCUUGAUAGCUAUCUAUCGAGUGACCCGGCAGUCGGCAUACGAAGAAUCACGCGUACCUCGUCAACGAGUACGAACAUGGGCCCACCUUCGAGACGCGUCCUCUUCAACACAGUCCUCAAGAAGCCACUUGGUAUUCACGCAAGGCAAACACUUGCCGCCAGCAAGCUCGAAGUCAUCGAGAAGCUACUUGAGCCACAUGUCAUGGACUUGAUUGAUCUGCAUCACCCAGGCAGACUGCUAACGUAUCUCAGAUUCUUCGAACACGCCAACAUCUGCUUCCCCGUUCUAGACGAGACUUCGUUCCGACGGACGUAUUUUGAACAUAAAGACCACCUUUCUCCCGCUCUUCUAGCCAAUUUGUACGCCAACGCCAUGUCCUACUGGAAUAAUUCACCACGACUACGCAACCGUCAACCACCAGAUCACCGCUACAUAUGGGUACAAGCUAACGAGGCCCUUCACUCCGAGCUCUUCCUGUCUCCUGGCAUUUCAACUGUCAUAUCCAUCAUACUCAACGUUCACGGUAGACCAAGCACCUCGAUGUUUGGCAAUGGAGGCAUGGUGGGAACGGCGGUAGCGCUUUCAAAUUCGCUGGGUCUCAAUCGUGAUUGUUCAGCAUGGGAGAUUAGUCCGGGCGAGAAAGCUCUGCGAUCUCGCAUCUGGUCAAUUGUCGUGCUGAUGGACCGCUGGACAAGUCUUGCUUACGGCACCCCGCUGUUGAUUCAUCGCGCUCAGUAUGAUGUGCCUGUGCCCAGUAUAGAGCUGCUAGCACCAUCUAAUGCUUCGGCCCUGCAACUUGCUGGUCUAUCGGUCUUCACAGCACUUCUAACCCUCACAAUUGUCUUGUCGCAUUAUCUCGAGCACGUAUACAGCAUCGCGCGAGUUGCAAUCAACAUCCGGCAAUCAGUCUCCCAGCUCGAUCUAGAGACGCUCCUGACAGACUGGGAAGACACUCUGGAUGAUGACAUACGUCGUCUUGUCAUUCGAGGGAAUGAUCUCGACCGUGCAGGCGCAGGCAACCUCAGACUUUCUUACCUCGCUGUCAAGCUCCUGCUACGUCGUAUUGGUUGCGACACCGCCAAUCACGAUAGUGCCGUUCAAGCUCGUCUUCAGACGCAGAGAGUUGCGGAAGAAAUAGUCUUGCAUGUACAAGAACUGAAACAGCCUUACCUUAGAGGAUUCUGGUUGCCGACGAACGGCUUCACUCUCACUUCCGCGACAUUAUUCCUGCUGCGAGACGCAUUGAAAACCACUACCAAAACGCGCAAUACAUCGCUAAAGCUGGCCAAGGAUAUGAUCUCGAGUCUACAAACCCAUCGUGAAACCGACGCUUGGGAUCUAGCAGAUGAUUGUUUGUCAAAUUGCACAGACAUGACCGACAGAGUUGAGGCCGGCAGGACUUUUGAAUCACCUGGGAUGAUCGAGACUCAGUACUUUGUUGACAACAACUCCCUCAUGUUCAACGAUCCAGUCUUGGGAUUUGCAAGCGCAUUUGAUUUCGAUCUCGAGAAUUUCCAAUGGAACGAAACUACAUAA